AUGAGAUUGCCGACACUUAGCGAGGAAUUGGACGCCAUUACCCACAAUUACGACUAUGGUAUAGUGCCUGGAUCAGCUACGGUGUUUGUUCAUGACGAGUUGGAAGGCAUUGGUCGUCUCGAUCUCACACUGCUUGAGGGAGUUAUGAUUGUUAUCGAAGUAGGGGAUCAAGGAUACAAGAUCACAUCCUACUCGCCUUUAUACAGCACAUCAGAUACAGUAGCGGCUACACAAUCCGUUGUUGCCAACCUUAAUCGACCCUUUGAAACUAUGGAAAGCCUUCUCAUGACCAUAUCGCCCAUGUUUUCUCAACGCUUCCAAGAGUUACUUUACCAAAAACUUGAUGAUCUACGAGAGCAGCAGCAGCAGCAGCAACCCUCCAAUGAUGACAAUGAUGCUCUCCUUCAGCAACAGCAACCUACUCCUUCUUCAUACAACACAUUAUCCGAGCAGGAAGGAUUAUGA